CAAAUAUAGGCAGAUGUGUUUGUUUGGGUUCCUCUGAAUUUUCCUCAGUUUCUCUUGGGCCCUUCUCGCUGCCGCCCUCUCUCUCGCUUUGCUCUGCUGAAAGAGACCUUAACCACUCUAGAGAGAGAGAGAGAGAGAGAGAAAGAGAGACGACGAAGAAGAAGAACAAGGAAGGAGGAGAGGAGAGAACUGGAAAUGGAUUUGGACCAGUGGAUCUCGAAGGUAAAGGAGGGUCAGCAUCUCUUGGAAGACGAGCUUCAACUCCUCUGCGAAUACGUGAAAGAGAUCCUGAUUGAGGAGUCCAAUGUACAGCCAGUCAAUAGUCCUGUCACUGUCUGUGGUGAUAUCCAUGGUCAGUUUCAUGAUCUAAUGAAACUUUUCCAGACAGGGGGUCAUGUACCGGAGACAAAUUACAUAUUUAUGGGGGAUUUUGUUGAUCGGGGUUACAAUAGUCUUGAAGUUUUCACCAUCCUCUUGCUUCUUAAAGCUAGAUACCCAGCAAAUAUUACCCUUUUGCGUGGAAACCAUGAAAGCAGGCAGCUAACCCAGGUAUAUGGUUUUUAUGAUGAGUGCCAAAGGAAGUACGGAAAUGCUAAUGCGUGGCGGUAUUGUACAGAUGUUUUUGACUAUCUAACGCUCUCAGCGAUUAUUGAUGGAACUGUGCUUUGUGUUCAUGGUGGUCUUUCUCCUGACAUUCGAACAGUUGAUCAGAUAAGGGUGAUAGAACGAAAUUGUGAAAUUCCACAUGAGGGGCCAUUUUGUGAUCUCAUGUGGAGUGAUCCUGAAGAUAUUGAAACAUGGGCAGUUAGUCCCCGUGGAGCAGGUUGGCUUUUUGGGUCCAGGGUCACGUCUGAGUUCAAUCACAUAAACAAUCUGGAUCUGGUUUGUCGAGCACACCAACUUGUACAGGAAGGCCUUAAGUACAUGUUCCAAGAUAAAGGCUUAGUAACUGUGUGGUCUGCACCAAAUUACUGUUAUCGUUGUGGGAACGUAGCUUCUAUAUUGAGCUUCAAUGAGAAUAUGGAGAGAGAAGUGAAGUUUUUCACUGAAACAGAGGAGAACAACCAGAUGAGAGGGCCCAGGACAGGAGUCCCCUAUUUCUUGUGAUCAUGGGAAGUUAUUUGCUUGUGUUACGUGUAAAAUUAUUGAAGAAUUGUGAACUGAUGUUGAGAGUGCCCUGAAUACGUUGGUGUUUGGAGAUGGGGAAUUUACCAUCUGGUCUAGGCUGCUUUUAUUAUUUUUGGGCUGUGUAUUGGGUCGCUAACUGUUUACUCCAUUAUUCAUUAGCUAGUGUCCUCAUUCCAGGAAGUUUCUUAUCAAGCCCGCUCUUGGACUCUUGUGCUGUGUAUUAGUCUGCUAUUUGUUGCUUGCGUAAUUUUUAACUAGCGUCUUUUUAUGCCAAUGUAUUUUAAGCACGCUUUUGGACCGCA